AUGGCACAGGUUAAGGGGCUUCCCCGGCCUGGGUACCCCCACCUCCAGGCUCCCCACCGCUGCUGCCCCUGCUGCCGUUCCUCGCCCGAACUCCGGUCCCCUGCCCACCACAACGCCCGCGGGUUCGGCCUCAACGGCUCGGGAACCGCCGGCGUCCGCGUCUACAGCGCCGCCAGCCGGGCCAGAGCAGCGUCCGACCCCAGCGCCCGCACUCGCGCCCCCGCAGGGAACCAGGUGGAGCCGCGGCCGGGAGCCGCCGGGGGCCGGGCGCCGCAGAUUCUUGGCUUCACUGCAUUUGCAAACAAGAUAAGCAUGGCCACAGAAACCAGCAGGAUGCUCAUUGAUAUGAUUCCUUAUAGCUUCCUGUUUCCUGUGAUGCCAGAUUUGAACAUUCUUCCUGAACUUAUUUUAGAAGCCUUCUCCUUAGCUUUAGUGAGCUCCUCUCUGCUCAUAUUUCUGGGCAAGAAGAUUGCCAAUUACCAUAACUACCAUGUGAAUUCCAACCAGGAUUUAAUAGCCAUCGGCCUUUGCAAUGUCAUCAGCUCAUUUUUCAGAUCUUGUGUGUUUACUGGUGCUAUUAUCAGGACUAUUAUCCAAGAUAAGUCUGGAGGAAGACAACAGUUUGCAUCUCUGGUAGGCGCAGGUGUGAUGCUGCUCCUGAUGGUGAAGGUGGGACGCUUUUUCCACGAAAUGCCAAAUGCUGUGCUGGCUGGUAUUAUCCUGAGCAACAUCCUACCCUACUUUGAAACCAUUUACAACCUACCCAGUUUGUGGAGGCAGAAUCAAUAUGACUGUGUUAUUUGGUUGGUGACGUUCAUAUCUGCCAUUUUCCUGGGACUGGAUGUUGGACUACUUGUUUCAGUAGCUUUUGCCUUCUUCAUCAUCACUGUUCGGUCACACAGAACUAAGAUUCUCCUCCUGGGUCAGAUCCCUAACACCAACAUUUAUAGAAGCUUCAGUGACUAUCGGGAGGUUACAAACCUUCCUGGGGUGAAAAUCUUCCAGUGCUGCAACUCUAUCACAUUUGUCAAUGUUAAUCACCUAAAGCACAAGCUGUUGAAAGAGGUUGAAAUGGUAAGAGUGCCUCUUAAAGAAGAAGAAGUGUUCCGUCUGUUUAAUCAAAGUGAAGAAGGCUCACGGGAAGAGAAGAUAUGUCAGUGUUUCUGCAACUGUGAUGAAGUAGAGCUGUCGCCCAGGGUUGUCUAUACAGAACGAUUUGAAAGUAAACAGGACCAAGACUCCUCCUCCAUUAACCUGAUCCGCUGCUCACGUUUCGAGAGCAUGAACAUGAGCCAGUCCACAUCCAAUGAACAAGUACCAUACACCGUAUCUUCCAUGUCUCACAGAAACCCUGGGCCAAACUACGAGGCUGUGGACAAAGCUUGGCUUUCUAAUAACCCCUCUAGAAACAGCUCAAUGCCACUGCCUGGCAUUGCUGAAAACCAGGGGAGGGACAGAUCAUUCCUCCCCUUCUCAGAUAUCUCUCUUCUACCCAGCAUCCACACCAUUAUCCUGGAUUUCUCCAUGGUCCAUUUUGUGGAUCCACAGGCUUCAGUGGUGUUAAGACAGAUGUGCAAUGCUUUCCAAAAUGCGAACAUUUUGGUACUCAUUUCAGGGUGUCACUCUUCUGUGGUCAGGGCCUUUGAGAGGAAUGAUUUCUUUGACGCUGGCAUCACCAAGGCCCAGCUCUUCCUCACCCUCCAUGACGCUGUGCUGUUUGCCUUGUCGAGGAAGUUUCCAGAGUCAUCCGAGUUAAGCAUGGACGAAUCUGAGACAGUGAUACAGGAAACCUACUCAGAAACAGACAAGAAUGGAGAGUCAGGACAUAAAAUGAACCGCAGUCUUCUAGAUGUCUCCAAAAACAUAAAUCCAGACUACACCAUGGUUCAGGAACCAAUAACAGGGGAGGAGUUGGAGCUAGACCUGGAGCUGGAGCCCACACUGGAGUCAGAACAAGAAGCUGGGCUGGAUCUAGAGCUAGACCUGGAUCAUGAGAUGGAGCCUGAGUCAGAGUUAGAGCCUGAAUCUGAGCUAGAGCCUGAAUUGGAGCUAAAGCCUGAGUCUGAGUCCAAACCCAGACCAAGGGCUCAUACUUACCCUCGGCAGCAGUACUGGCCUCUGUAUCAGUCCAUGCCUCCCAGCUCCCCAAGUCAGGAUCGGCCUAGGACACAGUCAUUGGAGAGGAGGCGUCAACAUAAGAAUUCAUAUUCACCCAAGGGCAAUAAAACUGUGGAUCCUUAG